CUGUCAAGUAGUGGCAUAUAAGAAGUGCCCACGUGCAUCUAUGGCACAGCCAUGUUACUCUGCAUUCAUUGCUUAUCUGUCUGACAUUUUGAGGACUUAGUGACAGGCCUACAAUACUGAAUCAUCAUUUUUGUGGUACAAUUGCGUUGUGUUGAAACCAGAGAAGUACAUAAGAACAGUAUCUGCUCUAAACAGGAUAUCAUGGAUUCAGAAGGUCUUCUCCAGUGCCCAUAUGAUAAGAACCACAUGAUUCGCCCAAGUAGGUUUCCAUACCAUCUUGUAAAAUGCAGAGAGAAUAAUAAAGAUGUAGCAAAGGUGCUGGCCACUUGUCCUUUUAAUGCUCGUCAUAGAGUGCCAAAGAAGGAGCUUGACUUACACAUGCAAAGCUGUGAGAGUAAAUGUCCUCUGGAGCCACUCCCAGAUGAUGCAGUAAUGCAAAAACAUGAGCAGUUAUCUAGCUGGCAGGGCCCUCCAUGUGAUGAAAACUGGGAAGAAGAAGAUUCUUCAACUUGUACUCCUUUUGUUUUAAAUGAAUUUGGAAACUAUCAACCUUACAGCUCACAUGAAACUGUGUAUGAGCAAUCUUCAACCAGAGCUACAAGUGGGACAAAUUGUGGUGAUGGCUGCCCUUCAUACUCCUAUACAAAUGAUGCAGUAGGGCAAAAAUCUGAGCAUUCAUCUAGUUGGCAGAGCCGGCCAAUUGAGAAAAACUGGGGAAAUGGUUCAUCUACUUCUGCUGCUUUUGUGUUAAAUAAAUCUGGAAACCAUCAGCCUUACAACACACAUGAAACUGUGUAUAAGCAAGCCAUGCCCAGAGCUGCAAGUGGAGCAAGUCACAAUAACCUGAAAAAUCCCUGGAAACCUGCACCAAAUGGCCGUUCAUAUGCUUAUACAAGUGGAUCUAGAGGAGCCAACAAUCAGGAACCUGCCUAUUCAAAUGAAGGAGACUGGCCAAGGCUGAAGUCUAAUCUGCACUGAAUGUAGAAGCUUCUGAGACACACAUGGAUCUAAACAACAUUUUAACCCACCAUUAAAUUACUGAAGUUUUACGGAGUUUUACUUGCUUUUAGGGACUUGCUUUUAAAUGUUUUC